AUUUAUCAAGGGAAAUUUGAAAAACAGAAAAGAAAAGAACGUUAGGGAUUUUCUUUGAAUAGACAAAGUGAAAGUCGGUGGUGUCAUUGAAAAAUUAAAUUCCCGCUCAGUUAGCAGUGAAGGGAAAAAAGAAAAAGAAGAGAAUGGCGAAGAAGGGAAAUACGAGCACAAUGGACGACGUCGACCGAUUGUUCCAAUGCUUCAAGUGCGGCAUCUCUCCUCCUCAAUCUGCUGUAAGGGAAAGAAAAAGAUGUAAAAGGAAGUUGAAUCGAGAAAAUUCAACAAGAAAGGUCUCAUUGUCACCUUCCCUAGGAUCAUCCGAACAAGGAAAGGAAAAUGCAAUCAGUGCCGAACUUUCUGUUGAGAAGUGUGUUUCAACAGCAAUUAAGGCAGGAAAAUUGAGCCGCAGGAAACAGAUCUCUCCAGUUAUAUUUUACGGUUCCCCACAUGGUGUUCCUCCAAAAAGACCACAGAGUUUGCUGCGCUUAUUACGUGAAAUUCGCAUUGAUCUCAGUGAACAAGAGAAGUCAAAUUUAAGAACAGAAGUAUGGGCUACAUUUCCAAGACAGGAUGAGGCAGUAAAGUUUGCUAAAGCACAUGCAAAUGCACAUGUUUUUAGUUAUCAAGACCACUACAGUGGGCAAAGGAGAUAUCUUGCUUCUACAUAUGAGGAGUUCUGGAAGAGGUACAAAAUUAUGGAAUCAAAACUUCGUCAUCACUAUGAAGUGAUUCAGGAGGGUUUGCCAUGCCAUCUGUACUUUGAUUUGGAGUUCAAUAAGAGAGACAAUUUGGGAAGGGACGGAGAUGAAAUGGUUGAUCUCUUGAUUUCUGUCAUUCUAGAAGCCUUACUUGAAAAAUACUCUAUCAAUGGAAAUCAGGAUUGGGUGGUGGAGCUUGAUUCCUCUACUGAAGAUAAGUUUUCUCGCCAUUUGAUCAUGCGUAUACCAAAGACUGCUUUUAAGGACAACUUGCAUGUGGGUGCAUUUGUUAAAGAGAUAUGCUCACGGAUAGCAAGUUCAAAGGAAAGGGAUGAAAGGUUUGAAAAAUUAUUUGUGAAAAAAGAUUCAACCUCUGCUGAAUCACCUGGCCAACUUUUUGUGGACACUGCUGUCUAUUCUAGAAAUCGUUGCUUUCGCCUGGCUCUAUCAUCAAAAGCAGGAAAGACUUCCUUCCUUCUACCCACCGAGCGUUUCAAAUGUAAGGAUAUGGGUGAGGAGGACAUGAUCAUGGCAUCCUUAAUCUGCAACAUGGACAUUGAUUGUGAGAAACUUUUGGUUUGCAAAAUGGAAUUAGAUUGUGUAAAGACUCUGCAUUUUGAGACAGAGGUAACUAGUAAUUUUGGAAAAUAUUGCAAAGCUCUUCAAGAAAAAACUCACAUUAGUGAUGUUUCUACAACAUGCCUAACGGGAAAGUCGCCCUUCCCAUCUUUGGAUGAAUUUAUAGAAUCAAUUGCCUCCACCGGUAAUGUAUCAGGGAAAAUACGAAGCUGGUAUUGGUUCUCUGAGUAUGGAUUAGUUGUCUACAGCAUGUCAAGAAAUCGAUAUUGUGAGCGAAUUGGUAGAGAGCAUAAGAGCAAUCAUGUGAUGUAUGUUGUUGAUAUGAGAAGGGCAGCUUAUUAUCAGAAGUGUUAUGAUCCAGAUUGCAAAGGUUACCGAUCUCCCUUGCGUCCAAUACCAAUGGACUGCAUCCCUGGUCCUUCAUUUUUCUUUGAUUCUAGACAGAUAGUUGAUGAUGAUGGGUUAAUACGUAACAAUCUUGAAUGCCAAGUCAUCAAUGAUGAGGAAAGGGGUUUGCUUUACAGCAAUGAAAGUGAUUUAGACAACUGUACUAAAGAUUCAUGGUGGCUUGAGGCUAUAAAAGUUGCAGACAAUAUUGAAAGUAAGCCAGAAAGAUUGAUGCUCAAUGAUGUGGAAAACGUGAAUGAUGAAGAUGAUGACUGGUGGAUGGCAGCUGAAAGGACUGCAACCCAGGUUGAACUACGCACUUCAGCUAAUUUAAGGAUUGAAACAGAUUAUCUAUAAGAUAUUCUAGCUUUC